AUGAGAGAAGGGCCUCUCAUUCGGGAUGAUUUCGUCCCGAUCCCGACGAGGAAAGGGCUUGGCAGCUCGGAUCCGAGUCGUUGUAACAUGAACGCUGCAGCCUGGACAUCACCAUCAAUAACUAUUUCCCAUCUCUGCAGCACCCAGAGAACCGGCCUGUUCUAUAUUCAGUCAAAAUCGUGGGCUUCAAAAAUGUCUCUCGAGAACAGAGCGGCUUUCUUAGACGGACCCCGACAACGUCUCAGAGUGGGGCCGGCCAGCAUUGGGAAGCCCAAUGCCGCAGAGAUCCUCGUCAAGAACCAUGCCGUUGCAAUAAACCCGAUCGAUGGAAUCACCCAAGAUCUGGGCCUGUUCGUCCAACAAUGGCCCGCAAUCCUUGGACACGACAUUGCUGGGGAGGUGGUUGAAGUGGGUGAAGGAGUGACUCAAUUUGAGCCCGGAGCGCGAGUCACAGCGCACGCCUUGGGCCUCGUCACUGGUAAACCCGAGCAUUGGGGGUUCCAAGCGUAUACCGUCGUCCAAGCACACGCUGCAGCUUCUAUUCCACCAAGUAUGAGUUACGAGGACGCUGCUGUAAUACCUCUUGCCUUCUCCACGGCGGUUGGAGGGCUUUAUCAAGAUGGAUUCCUGGGCCUGCGAUUGCCACAGCAGACUGGUGAGAGGACUGGCCAGACCCUCUUGGUUUGGAGCGGCAGUUCGAGUGUAGGAAGCGCAGUUAUUCAGCUUGCCGUUGCGUCCGGGCUGGAGGUCAUCGCAACGGCAUCUCCGAGGAACUUUGACCAUUGCAAGUCGCUGGGCGCAAGCGCAGUUUUCGAUUAUGCCGAUGAGAAUGUCGUUGAACGACUGGCGACCAGACUGCAGAGUUGCAGCGUGCUCGGCGCGUUUGAUGCAUUUGGUACAGAAGAAAGCACUCGGAAGGUUGCUGAAAUCCUCUCCCGAAUAGGAGGUGGCUUCAUCGCCACGGCGGGACAAGCACCAGAAGAACUGCCCAAUAACGUCAGAGUUAAGCAAAUGCUGGCAGCCUUGGUCCCGGGCACAGAUGUUGGCAAAGCUCUUUGGAAGUAUCUGCCGGCGGCAUUGGCGAGCGGCCAAUACAAACCCGCGCCUCGUGCAAAUGUCAUCGGUGAAGGUCUGGACAGCAUUCAGACUGGAAUUGACAGGCUGAAACAGGGAGUGUCUGCAAGUAAAAUAGUCGUCAAGUUGUAG